AUGUACGGCCUACGCCAAUCACCUCGGCUUUGGCAAGAGUACCGCGACUCCGAGCUCAAGCAGUUGAAGUUUGAUCAUGAAGGGCGAACAUGGUCGCUGUACCAAGGUCGGGCUGAACCCAACCUGUGGAUGGUCUAUGAGGUUGGUUGUCCAGAUGGUCAGCCUUCAGGAGGCCUGAUCUUGGUCUACGUCGAUGACAUCAUGUUGGCAGGACCCCGCGCGUUGAUUGAGUCCCUGGCGGCUACCAUUGGAAGGAUUUGGAAGGUGUCAGAGCUGGAUGUUCUUUCAGUGGAUCGAGAUAUUCGGUUCCUUGGUUGUGAAAUUUCCACCAAUGACAAUAUGGACUGUAUCUACAUCCACCAGCGACCCUACAUCAACGAGAUCCUCCGUCACCACGACAUUUCCCCUCAAUCCUUGUCCUUCAUUCAGGCUCCAAGGGAGAUGGUGACGUUCGAACCCUAUGAAGGGGAAGAUCGUGGAACCGAUCAACAGAUCAAGGAGGCUCAAAGACUAUGCGGUGAAUUGCUCUGGCUUGCUCAACGUUCGCGACCAGAUGUUGCUUAUGUUGUCAGUGCGAUGGGUUCCUUGCUAAGCAAAGCUGCUCCGAGGUGCAUUGCCAUAGGGCUCCGGUUGUUGUCGUAUUUGCAGCAGACUCGUGACAUGGCAUUGACAUUGAGAUCGGUGUCAGAAGAGCUGGUGGCGUAUUCCGACAGCUCAUUUGCCCCAAGUGGGGCCCGGAGCUUCUCAGGGAUUGUCUUGAGUUGGAGAGGCUCCCCCAUCACGUGGAGGGCAGCGAAGCAGCCGUUCGUAUGUCUGAGUACGGCGGAGUGUGAGUUGGUUGCUUCCAUUGAGGCAUUGACUAUGGCGAGGUCCUUGCAAGCAAUCCUGCACCAAAUUGACCCUGCGAGGCCAAUGCUUACUCUGGGAAUCGAUAACCAGGCAGCGAUUGCGAUUGCCUCUCCGUCUACUACUGCCUCGUGGCGUACAAGACACCUCCGCGUACGAGCUGCUUACCUACAUGAGCAAAUCGAGGAGAAGAUGAUAACCCUCCGGUAUGUCCCGGGGAAGGACCAAUGGGCUGACUUGUUGACGAAGAGUUUCCCUCGACAACGCUUGCAGGAGCUCACGGCUUUGUGGGGCUUUGUAGACCUCGCGAAAACCUCCAUCAUGAAGGCUAUGUUGCUGUGUUUGAUGCUGCAAGCUGCCCGUGCUCAAGAGGAUGAGCAGGAGGAGCCACUGGCACUAACUACGUCGUUUGAGCUCUAUGUCAUGAUUGCUGUCUUCGGGAUUGCAAUGGGAGCCGCAGACUCCGGAGACUUCAAGAAAGUGUUCGUCGAGAACUACAAAUGCAGUUGGAUGGGCGAGAAAUGGAUGAUCGUGCAGUACCAACUCCAGUUCCAGAUCCCGAUGGCUGGAACUAUCCCAUAUAUGUUAGCCCGGCAGGUGACCACUUCCAUACCUAUGAACGAUGCUGGGGCUUGA